ACACACUAACACAGUACAGUCAUCACAAUAGGACUGCAGGCGACUUCGGAUUGCUUCGUUCUGAGAUACAUGUACGUUCUUAUAUUCCGUUCCAAAACGCAAAACUUCCAAACAGUUGGUGGAGGGUUAAGACAGCAAAAUGGCUAUUUUGGAUCAGCAUUGCUUCUGCUGUGUACCACUACGCAAGGGAACACUGUUUUCAACCAUUUUAUUCCUGCUGGUAUCAGGAGCUACAGCUCUACUCUACAUCUGGGGUCUUCUCCUACUCCUCCAGCGUGGUAAUGAGUUUCAGACAUCUGCUCUCCGUGAUUCCAUUUUGGUUCUGCUCUACCUAGUGAUUGGUCUACAUGGCGUUGUCAUGGUGUUCAUCUCAAUCGUCUUGUUCAUUGGAGCAUUUUGCUACAGCGCAGGGUCUGCGGCAUUCUUCAGUGUUGUCUUGGCCAUCGGUACAGUGUUUGAACUUGGAUGUAUUAUCUACCUAGGGGUCAUCACUGAGGACCAACUCCAGGGACUGGCUAAUGAGCCUUACUUCCUCUUCUUACUGGUCUGGUAUGUCCUUAGAGCCAUCUGGAAUAUUCACCUUGUGAUUGCCAACUGGUCUCUGUAUCAACACUUCAACUCCAAAGCUGGAAUGUCUCGUGAAGGACAAUAGAUCAUCCACACCAAGAGGGCUACCUCAAUGUCUCGCGAAGGACAAUAGAUCAUCAAUACCGAGAGGGCUCCCUCAAUGUCUCGCGAAGGACAAUAGAUCAUCCACACCGAGAGGGCUCCCUCAAUGUCUCGCGAAGGACAAUAGAUCAUCCACACCGAGAGGGCUCCCUCAUCUACAAAAGGCAUCUACAGGAAUUGUUCUAUUACAGUCCUAUAUUUUUGUUCUGACUAAAACUGUGAAGAAAAAAAACUGGUAGAACUACCGCCGCAUUCUUUUUAAAAUCUACAUGUAAUUGGAAAGCAAAUACAUGUUUACCCUUGUUUACAUACGUGUCAAGUACCCAGAUUUAAAAUCUACAUGUAAUUGGAAAGCAAAUACAUGUUUACCCUUGUUUACAUACGUGUCAAGUACCCAGAUUUGAAAAAAAUUAACAAUGCCUUGAAGACUGUUUGCACAACAUUCGUAAGAUUAAUGAACUUAAUUGUUUGAAAACCUAAUUGGUUUGUACUCAUUUGUUUUUAUUUUUAUUUCCUUUUUUUCACUAAGUUCAAAUCAUGAAACUACAGUGUGGGGUACAACUAGUUCAAGGUCCCUCGGUUAAAGCCUACAACGUCUACCACUAGUUCACUCAAACUGUAUACCAAGGCUGACAUUUUCAAACAACUCAGUUUUUUUGUAAGUGAUAAAUAAGUAUAAGAAUCAUCCUCUAGAAGUCGUUAACAUUUUUCUUGGUUUUGGAUAUAAUAUUAUAAUAAUCUGUAGCUAAUUGUAAUUACAAAGUGUAUUCUUUUAUGAUAUAAAAACCUGAAAUAAGUUGGGGCAGACUUUGUACAUGUUUAACAAGUUAAUGUCUGUGUGUACUGUAGUUGGGAGAAGAAGUUAUUUCAUUAAUCAUUCUGGGAGUAAGCUGGUAUAUGUACAUGCGCAUAAGCAAAAGGUAAUUAAUUGUUCUGCGUGCAAAUGUUCAAACUGGGCACACAAUACUUAGAAUAAACAAUAAAAUAGUGUGAUGACGUCAAAGGGAAUCAAACAACAAGCAUGUAUAGUUAUUUUAUGGUUGUAGCAUCAUUUUCAAAAAAAAAGAACUCAAUUUAGUUGACAAUUAGCUGUUGGUGGGGGGGGGGAGCUGAACAUGCCACUACAUUCCUCUUGUUGAAGCAUAGAGGCUAAAUACUCUGCGACAAAGCAUAUACAUGUAGUGUUUGAAAAAUGUCCGAAAAUAGAGGGGGAUCAUCAGACUUUCCAAUGAGAUUUAAUUCAGCCAACAUAUAUUAAUCCUCAUAAUCAGUAAAUGAAAAUCUUUAUUGACCACAUGUUUAAUGAGAAGGACAAUAUUGUACGCAUUUUGACUUGAUUUGUAUUUCUAUCAGAGCAACUUAAAGGAACAUACUGAAUUGGGUAGAAAUGGAAUGGUCUAAUGCUGGUAGAAAACAUCCCUUCAAAUAUAUCUGUCUAAAAUGUCAAAUUGAAAGAGAAAUAAUAAAAACUUGUUUGCUGUUAGAAGUUGAUUGCUCAGUGAGUAUUUAAUUCAUUUUUUAAAGCAAUGUUAUAUAUAUGCAAAAUGUGUUAUUAUUAGCGACAAAAACAAAACAAUUUUGGAAUGCUCCUUUAAACAGCAGCUUACCAAAGUAGUUGUAUUUCAAUAAUGCAUCCUGAGCUUAACGCCUAAUUGAUCCACAUUAAAUUGUACAUGUAGCUUAUUAAUAUUUAAAACCUCAUGUCUGAAAUUUAUUAUAUAAUGCAUUUGGCUGAGACUAUUAAAAGUGUAGAUAGAUAAAAUUAA